AUUGCUGCCUGUUUACAUGCUGGAAGCACAGCAGGGUGAAUAAUUCUGAAUCAGAAUGCACAUCUCUCAGGUAUAUGUACCAGCUCACAUCACCGACAUAGCUUGUAGCUGCUGUUAGUCUGCAAGGACAAUACAAACCAGUCCAGUGAAGAGUAACAGAACAAGGAACCAUGCUGAAGGUCAACAGAGCUCUGCUUGGUCACAGCAAACUGACAGUCUUUUUCAUACUCUUGCUUGGAGCGGUCAUUUCUGCUAGCAAUCAGGGUUUUCACCAGCGGAUGAAGAGAGGAACAAGAGCAAACAAAUCAAUAUGUGUGGAACGUCUCUCGGGAAGAAUCUAUAAUGGAGGUGAUAGCUGGUUGCGACCUUCUGGCAAAAGAGUAGAGUUCUGUCGCUGUCAGGAUGGGCGAAGAAAAUGCCAUAGUGUGCCAGUCACAGAUUGCAGUGUACCGCAGUGUUUCAAUGGAGGGCGCUGCCAGCAGGCUUUGUACUCAUCACACUACCUGUGUCAGUGUCCGAAUGGCUUUAAAGGGGAGAACUGUGAAAUAGAUACCCUCGAAGCCUGUUAUGAGGGCUCAGGCACCACAUAUAGAGGGGUUCAUAGCGUGACUCAGAGUGGAGCAGUCUGUGUGAACUGGAAUUCAGAGGGCAUUAGGAGACAGCUAUACCAUGGACAUCGGAGUGAUGCUUUGCAACUGGGACUAGGAAACCACAACUAUUGCAGGAACCCUGACAAUGAUUAUAAACCCUGGUGCCAUGUAUUUAAGGAUGGAAGGUACACAUGGGAAUUUUGCAGUGUGCCAGCUUGCAAACUUGAUUCUCCUACUUGUUACUAUGAUCGUGGCACAACAUACCGCGGAUCACAGAGCGUCACAUUCUCAGGGGCACCAUGUUUGCGCUGGGAUUCACCAUUAUUACAGCACAAAGUAAAUACAGCAUGGCACAGCAAUGCACGCAGACUUGGGAUGGGAAGCCACAAUUACUGCAGGAAUCCAGACAAUGACAUUCGCCCCUGGUGCCAUGUUGCUCGAGGGACGGAGACAGCUUGGGAGUUCUGUGAUAUACCCCGAUGCACUUACUGUGGUACCCGACGACCCCAACCGGCACAGUACCGCAUUCUUGGAGGGAAAAGUGCCCAAGCAACAUCACAUCCUUGGCAGGCAGCCUUCUAUUUUCUGGCUAGAAAAUCCUUAAAUGAACACUACUUUUGUGGUGGGACUCUUAUUCACAAUUGCUGGGUGCUGUCUGCUGCACAUUGCUUUACUGAGAGAAUUCCCAACAGUCGGAUGCGUGUUAUAUUGGGUCGUUCUAUGCGGAGUGUACCAGCUGAAGAGGAACAGAAAUUCUUUGUCGAGCAGUUGAUUCUCCACCCUGAUUUCGAUGCAAAAUCCUUUGAUAAUGACAUAGCACUGAUCAAGCUCCGGUCAGUCUCUGGAACAUGCGCCACAGAAACAGAACGCAUUCGACCUGCCUGUCUCCCUGAGCCAGGACUUUCCUUACCAGACUGGACUGAGUGUGAGAUGUCUGGAUUUGGGAAGACAGAGGAAUUAUCACCUUUCUAUUCUGAUCGGCUGAAGGAGGGUCAUGUCAGGCUCUAUCCUGACAAAAUGUGCACUUCAGAACGUCUAGCAAACCGAACAGUCACCGCAAACAUGCUGUGUGCAGGUGACACCCGGAACAUAGAUGAUGCAUGCCAGGGUGACUCUGGUGGACCUUUAGUCUGUCCUCAUGAUGACCGCAUGCAUGUACUUGGAGUCAUCAGCUGGGGAGUUGGGUGUGGGAAAAAAGAUACUCCAGGGGUUUACACUCGCGUGACCCGAUAUAUGGACUGGAUACAGAAACACACUGGCAUCUGAAAAUGCUGAAAGGAGAUGCACACAUACUUGAACCACUAUGUGAAGUUCUGGAGAGCCAUCAAACCAAAGGCUUAUGGAUAAUUCCACCUUCACUUCUUAGUCAUUCCACUUUUUUGUGAAAGUCAUACCAGCUUGCUUAUCUCUUCUAGCUGGUAUUAGGGCAGUAGAUACAUACGUUAAGUUAUAUUAUAUUAUGUAUUAAAAGGUCCAGUGUUAUACCACCAUGUGAAAACUGGAGAAAAAACAACAACUCAGCAGUCGAGUUGAACCACAAAGGAUUCUCAAGAGACCACAUUUAGUGGUAUAUGUGCCACCAGAAGUAAUCAAUUUGGAUAUCAUGUUGGCUAAGCAAAUCAUUAGAAUGACUAUUUAUAAAGUGCUAAUAUAUUCUACAGCGCUGUACUAUAGGUGGACGAGACCACUAAUACAACAAGAUACAUUUUCUUUACAUGAACAGAUGUGUUGUGGACUCAAAUGAGCUUACAAUAAUUGGAGGUUUGGCAUUAAAAUGUUUUGUUUUUUCUGUAGUAGCUACCUGUUUGCUAUCUGUGAACCAAUUCAUGGAGAGUGUUGACUUCUUCAGCAGUGACUGGGCAAAAAGGGACAAUUACUUUGUAUUAUCUGAAGUGAAACCCCAAACUUGACUACCAGCAACAGCGGCGCUACUGAUAAAUAUAAAUACUAAAUGUAAAAUAAAUACUUAUGUAUGACACUCUCCCGUA